UACUGUACACGUAGACAUGUGUAAAUGCUGACUAUAAUAUAACAAACUUUUAUCUCGUUUAAAGAUCUGCAUGUGUGUCUUUGAAAUCAGAGACAGUCGUAGCGGAAACAGUAGAUCUGUCACCAACACUACACCUGUAUAUAAAGAAUGCAAAUGCAACAAGUCAGCAGACGCAGUUUAAGAUCUGCAGAGGCGAGACAACACAAUCAUGCUGAUGGUUUUGAGAGCUGUGCUGCUGCUGAGCUUGUUCACACUGUUUCAUGCCAGGAAAGACAAGGCAGUGAGAGGAGGACAGAAGAAAAGAAAAAAUGUCAGACUGGUCCUGGACCCCUCAGUGCUGUCUCAUGUCGGCAGUGUGUCUCACUCAACCAUGGCCAACAUGUCUCUGACACCAUGGACAUACAGAGACUCAAGUGAGGCUUCUCGUCUGCCUACGCGGAUUUCUCAGGCUCAGUGUCUGACCUCAGGCUGUCUGAGCCUGCAGGGGGGCGGAGAGGAUCUGGCCCUGAUGGCAACCCCUAUCUACUACCAGGCCCUGGUCCUCCACAAAGUCCAUCAGCCCAGGCUGAAUGGGAGGAAGAAGGCAAAGAAGAGGCAUCACUUCAGACUGGGGACGGAGAUGAUUGCAGUGGGUUGUACCUGUGUGAGACCCAUCCUUGUACCGCAGCAAUGAUACAAGAGAUUUCUAUAGAUGAUAAGUCUUUCAGUAUAUUGUACAUUUAUUUUUAUUUUUCUAUACGAAUAUGAAGGGAUGUUUUAAAGUAUCAGUGAAUCAAGAACUCUGUGUAGUGUUAAAACCAAGUUAGCAACUAGCCUGAAUACUUAGUAUUAGUCUUUAGCUCAUCCCCCCAUAGGUAUCAACAUGUUUCAGCUUCUAAAUCUUUUAUAAUGCUUUUAAUAACCAA